CACGCGCAUGUCAAUAUGAAUACUUAAGGUAUUAAGUAGUAUUAGGGAUCAAACGAACUCAUCUGUAAAUAUAGUGAUAUGGAAAACUUCUUAUAAAUAAAGUCGUCGCUACGUAAUCGUUGUCAGUAUUACCGUUUCUAGACAGUGUAGAUAUAUUUCGAAUAUAUAUGACCUGUCCAAAAAUGGUUAGCAAAUUUGGUGUACUUUGUUUAUUGAUUGCCAGUGUAGCUGCUCAGACUGACGAUCAGUCCUGCACAAGUACCUUGCCAUAUCGAGACCCAACUGACUGUACAAGAUUCUACGUGUGUGCACCAUGGGGACCUCAAGAAAUGCACUGCUCUCCAGGAACAGAAUUCAACGCAGAACUACACGUCUGUGAUUGGCCAUAUAGGGCAGGUUGCAAAGUAACCAGCACUACUGAGUCUUCUCAGAGUACAGAACAUGGAACGAGCGGACAUCCAACGGAACACUCGACUGAACAUGCAGAUCCUGCUAGUGAAGUCACGACUGCAGUGCCAGAAACAUCAGAGAGCUCCACCAAACAUCCGGAACCACCUGUGUAUACUACCACCGAGGUGACAGAGGAGACUAAAAGUCAUAGAGAUACGACAGAAGCUGCAGAAACAACUGAAAAUUCAAUCCCAGAAACAACCCAUCAUUCUGUAACUUCAUCUACAGGAAACGAUGAAGGAUCUGGUGAAAGUGAAGAGAGCUCUGAAGCAAGUGGAGAGGGAUCUGGUAAUAACGAGGAAAAGAAUAACAAUAGCGAUGACGAGCAUGAUGACGACAGCGAGACUCAAGGAGAUACCAAAGAACAUAGUAAAGAACACCACUCUUCAGAAAGCAACAUAAAUGACAAUCACAGUGAAGGUGAUGCUAAAGAAGAUAAAGAUCAUAUUGACGAACAUUCUAAGGAACAUGGGGAAACUUCACAGGAAGAUACCAACGAGCACGAGAAACCUCAUGAGAAUAGUGAAGCUAACGGUCAAUCCUGCACAAGCACCUUACCAUAUCCAGAUCCAACUGACUGUACCAGAUUCUACGUAUGUGCACCAUGGGGAGCUCAAGUGAUGCAGUGUGCCCCCGGAACAGAAUUCAACGCGGAUCUUCAGGUUUGUGAUUGGCCAGAUAAGGCAGGUUGCAAAGUAAUCACUACGACUGACGCUUCAGAGACCACAGCAGAUGAAACGACUGAUUACUCAACAAAACAUGCAGAUACUACUAGUGAUAUCACCACUGCACUACCAGAAACAUCAGCGGGCUCCACUGAGUACACAGAAUCAACUGAGCAUAAUACCAGUAAUGCCACGGGAACAAGCGAAACAAAUGGUGCAACUACAAACGCUGCAGAAACAACAGAACGGUCGGAGCCUAUAACGUCACCAGAGAUAUCAACAGUGUCAGAGACAACUCAUCAUCCCGUAACUACAAUUGCUACGCCAUCUGAAGAAGGGUCUGGAAGAAGUGAAGAGGGAUCUGCAGAAAACAAGGUAGCAAAUAUAGCAUAUAUCUGAAAUUAUCAAUAUUUGUAUACAUGAUUCUCGGUUGCGAAUUAGUUGAAAUACUCACAUGAUCACAGUUCACAUACACCUAGUAGGGGAGCCCACGAUGCUAAAUCGGGAUUUACUCGAGCGCCAUAGAGACCUAUUGGGUUGCGAAGCUUAGAUGAUAAAGAGAAAAAAAUGUCACAUAAUAUAUAUCUUUUCAUCGGUGUCGGUGAGGGGAGUGGCUAUAGAUUUUCGAAAAUGUAAGAAAAAAACAGUUGCCUUGGACAUACUCGACCGCGUCAGAUAUUGAUAUCAUCCAUGCCCUAAAUAUUUUUAAAAAUGUACACAUGAUUGUUUCCAUGAUGGGGGUGGUCAUACAUAAGGGUUGAAAAUGAAAAAAAAAAUUAUCGAGCGCGUCAGAUUUUCUAAGAGGGUGUUCAGUUAACCUAAAAGAAGCUCUUAUACGAUAAUCUGACGAUUUGGAUGUGACGCAAACUCACGGCCAUUAUUAGAAUGUGCAAAAAAAAUUCGUCAUUUUGAAAUACUCAAGCGCGUCAGAUUAAGAUAUAUAUGGUUCGUCUUUAAUCUGACAAUUAAAUUUUUUUAAUUUUUUAAACCAUUGAACUAAAUUAACUGAAAAGCACAAAAAAUUGCAUGCA